AUGCGCGACCUUCUGCUGGUCUCCGCGGCUACGGCUUCCAUCCUGUUCGCCAGGCAUGCUGAAGCCGUCGCCGCCAACCCACUUCCCAAGCCCUCCCACAUCACCUGGGGCGACUCCGGGUGCUUCUCCGUUGGAACGUUAGCACUGUCAGCGCCUGAUCACCAAGUCUUGCAGCAAGCCUUUGACCGUGCAGCCAGCACCAUCACAGAGCUCAAGUGGAUCCCUGCAGCGGUGGAGGCGCCGAUCCGAGAAUUCGAACCAUUCCCGUCAUCGACUGCUUCUAAGAAGAAGUCGAGGAAGAAGAGGCAAUACGGCGUACCGCCUACCGGCAAUUGCACAGGUCGUCUCACCACGGUCACCGUCGAUAUCGCCGAUACACAUGCCUCUCUGCAGCACGGCGUCAACGAAUCCUACACGUUGGACGUCUCCGCAGGCUCCGACUCUGUUGACAUCUCCGCCGAGACGGUGUACGGGGCACUCCAUGCUUUCACUACUCUUCAGCAGAUUGUCAUCAAUGACGGUCAGGGGAACCUGAUCGUUGAGCAGCCCGUGUCCAUCCAGGAUCAGCCACUUUACCCUGUGCGUGGAAUCAUGGUCGACAGUGGUCGCAACUUCAUCUCCAAGAAGAAGAUACUGGAACAGAUUGACGGCAUGGCGCUAUCGAAGCUGAACGUCCUGCAUUGGCACAUGGUCGACUCUCAGUCCUGGCCUCUGGAGAUCUCUGCGUACCCUGAGAUGACGGAAGAUGCAUACGCACGCAACCAAGUGUUUUCUCAGGCUACGCUCAAGGAGAUCAUCAGCUAUGCCGCUGCUCGCGCCGUUCGUAUCAUCCCGGAGAUUGAUAUGCCAGGUCACGCCAGUUCUGGGUGGAAGCAGAUUGACGAGAGCAUCUUGACGUGCCAGGACAGCUGGUGGUCCAACGAUGACUGGUCGUUGCACACUGCCGUGGAGCCGAACCCUGGUCAGCUUGACAUUUUGAACAACAAGACGUACGAGGUUACCGGAAGGGUGUACAAGGAAGUCGCCGACAUCUUCCCUGACAACUGGUUCCAUAUCGGUGGAGACGAGCUGUUUCUCAACUGCAACAACUUCAGCUCUCUUGCGACCGAUUUCUUCGCGUCCGGAAAGACGAUGGGUGACUUGUAUCAGUACUGGGUCGACCACGCCAUUCCGAAUUUCCGCAAACAGGCCAACAAGACAUUUGUCAUGUGGGAAGACGUCAAGCUCUCCGCAGCCGUUGCUGCGACGGGGGAAGUACCGAAGGACAUUGUCCUGCAAGCGUGGAACAACGGGCUCUCGCACAUCUCGAAUCUGACAGAUGCAGGCUACAAGGUCAUUGUAUCCUCUUCCGACUUCAUCUACCUGGACUGCGGGUACGGCGGCUGGGUGGGCAACGACCCUCGGUACAACGUCAUGGUCAACCCCAAUGCCACGGACGGAAGCCCCAACUUCAACUGGGGAGCGGGUGGGGGGUCCUGGUGCGCGCCGUACAAGACGUGGCAGCGCGUCUACGACUACGACUUCACCUUCAACCUCACCGAGGCGCAGAAGUCACUGGUGCAAGGUGCCAUUGCGCCGCUGUGGUCUGAGCAAGUGGACGAUGUAGUCAUCAGCCAGAAGAUGUGGCCUCGGGCUGCGGCGCUGGCCGAGCUUGUGUGGUCGGGCAACCGCGACGAGAAUGGCAACAAGAGGACCACGGAGCUGACGCAGCGCAUCCUGAACUUUCGCGAGUAUCUCGUGGCCAACGGUGUUCAGGCCGCUCCUUUGAUGCCCAAGUACUGCCUGCAGCAUCCCCAUGCGUGCGACCUGUACCAGAACCAGACGGUGCUGCAUGUGCCGACUGCAUGA